AUGGAGAGCUUGUACCGAGAAGGACUGCGAGAAUAUUUUGGUAAUCCAAAUGGAAAGAUUAAUGGUCUUGAGAUCUUGAAGGUAGCUGCUCAAAAUGGUCACAAGGAAGCAAAGUAUGUGUGUGGUAUGAUUUUAUUAUGUUCCGAAGAUGAUGAGUUGAGAAAACAGGGGCUUGAGUAUAUGCGUUUCCUGAGGAUGUCCAAGUGUGUUGUAGGCUCCAGAAAGAAAGUGAAACAAUUAGUGAACUUUGUGUGGAAAAAUAAUAGAUUGUUGGGACGCAAUCAAAGCCCUCUAUGCAACUCUAAAAGCACAUGUAAAGGGUGGAGAGUGAAGAGAGGUAGUUGGGCAUUACUAGAUGAUGAUGAUGAUAUUAACUUGUGCGAAUAUUGUAGGUGGGACUCUGAGUUGGAGCUUUUUUAUCAACUGUUUAAUGUUCAUUAG